AAGAUUUUGGCAAAAAAUCUAAAGAAAGUUCCAGUAGAGAUUCCAACGAACAAUUAAAUAAAACUUCUAAUGAAUUCUCUAAUGAAACUUCUAACAAAACUUCUAACAAAACUUCUAAUGACAGCUCUAAUGAUAGCUCCAGUGAUGAUUUCAGCAACGAUUCCAGCAACGACUCCGGCGAUGAUUCUAGCGAUGACAACUUCAAAACUACAAUUCCAGUAACAACGAAUUAUACCUAG